GAUGAGCAAUGGGAGUCAAAAGAUGGAGCAGAUGAUGAUGCGAUGUGGUGAGUGAAUUGCAGAGUCGGCAAUGGUAUGUGUAUGAGCGUAGUCACACUUGAAUUGAAUUGAAGCUCUGUUCCUUCAUGUGACGACAAUCUCCAACGUCAUCUGAGCUCUCGUAUAUUCCCCAGCCAUGGCCGAAAAGGUCACCAUAAUGAGGCUCAAGGUUGAUCUUCAGUGCCACAAAUGCUACAAGAAGGUCAAGAAGAUUCUCUGCAAAUUCCCUCAAAUCCGAGACCAGGUGUACGACGAGAAGAAUAACAUCGUGACCAUCGCGGUGGUUUGCUGUAACCCUGAGAAGCUCAGGGACAAAAUUUGCUGCAAAGGUUGUGGUACGAUCAAAAGCAUUGAAAUUGUUGAGCCUCCCAAGCCCAAACCACCACCUCAACCAGAAAAGCCCAAGGAACCAGAGAAGCCAAAAGAGCCAGAGAAGCCGAAAGAGCCAGAGAAGCCGAAAGAGCCAGAGAAACCGAAGGAGCCACCGAAGCCUAAGGAACCUGAAAAACCAAAGGAACCAGAGAAGCCCAAAGAGCCUGAGAAGCCCAAGGAGCCAGAGAAGCCCAAAGAGCCCGAGAAGCCCAAGGAACCCGAGAAGCCCAAGGAGCCCGAGAAGCCCAAGCCUGAAUGCCCUCCUCCGGUGCCGGUUUGUCCGGCACCGGUGCCAGUGUGUCCGCCACAGCCAACACCUCCGCCACCGGUGGUGGUUCCGAUUGGGGUGUGCUGUGUUCCAUGCUAUGAAGGUCGGCCCGGUGGGCCAUGCUUUGAUGGGUACGGCGGUGGGCCCCCACCAUGUUAUGACGCUUAUUAUGGAAGGCCUGUUUAUGAUAGUUACGGUGGGAGCAGGCCUUGUUACGUGAGCCGUUGCGAUGAAUAUUUCUGUGAAGAAAACACCUCUGCUUGCACAAUUAUGUGAUCGAUCGCAUUAUUACUUACUUACUUCAUUCAUCGAAUCUCUCUCUCUUGUGCCGCCCAUGCAUGCAAGUUGUUGCAACGGCGCGUUCUUCCAUCUUAUUGUUGGAGCGAUCAUCACCCUCAUCAAUCCAAGGAAUAAUGAUCUUUGUUUUUUUGUGUUUGGGAGUACAAAAUGUUUCGUACGUGAAACAAAUAUAGAUAAUAUGAUAUGAUACCAGAGGCUAGCUAGCUAAAGAAUAAAUGUUUUUACUGUAAUGUAUGUAACUGAUACUAUAUACUGUGAUAUCUUACAUUUUCACAAGUUAAUAAAGUUUCUUAAUUUGUGUACGAA